CUGUAGUUGUAACUGGCCAUUGCGUAGAAAGACUGCGGUGGAGAAAUAACUCAAGCCAAUUGCAAAUUACUUCCGUAAUUAGAUGUGGAUGGAAAACACACGGGGACUUCUCUGUGACCGUGGAAGUGUAACCUUACCUUCAUCAAAAUAUGCCAUGUUCCAGUGUCUUAAUCGCCUUUCUUUUGGUUACCGUUCCACUUUGGGGAGGCAAUGCAGUUACAGAUUUUUGCAGCCAGCCCCUGGGAAUGAAGACUAGAAUUAUUGCAAAUGAUCAAAUAACAGCAUCAUCCUCCAUCCCAAACUACGAACCACGCAGAGGCUAUCAUGCUCGACUUGACAACACAGAUUGUUGGUGUGCAGAUCAAAGUCAACCAAGAAUUGGACAGUGGGUGAAAGUGGAUUUGAAGCAUACAUUUAGCAUAACAGGUAUCACCAUCCAAGGAGACCAAUCAGGUCCAUCAAGUUACAUAAAAGAGUUCACUCUCAGGUACAGUGUUGAUCUGACGAACUAUGUGUAUGUGACAACAACCACAUACAAUGAUCCAAUGAAAUUUACAGGAGCUACUGGUCCUAACCAGAAAAUAGAUGUGAUGUUUCCUAAUCGACCCUUUUCUGCACGAUAUCUUGAAUUUAGACCUACAGACUCAAAUGGUGCUUAUUUGUGUGCUAGAUUCGAACUCUAUGGAUGCCUCUAUGUCUGUGGACAGGGCCUUGGCAUUGAGCAUGGCAGUGCGCUUCCUUCAGGUUUUGCAAUGACGUCAUCUUCCCACUCCUCUGGACAAGAAGCGGUAUCAGGUCGUUUAAACAAUCCAACAUCAGCUUGGUGUGCCUCGGGAACCACUGGCGAGUUUCUGCAAGUAGAUUUUGGGAAAAUCGUGACUGUCAGUGGAAUUGCAACUCAAGGUAACCCAAGCUCUGCAUCUUGGGUGAAAGAUUUUUAUGUUGACUAUGGAACAACACUCAGCUCUCUUGUCACCUACCAAGAAAAUACUGGGAAUAAGCUUUUCAUUGGAAACUCUGAUCAGAACACGAUUGUUGUGAACUGGUUCCGUGUGCGGCUGCAAACGAGAUACGUGAAAAUAAAACCAAACACGUACAAUUCAGGUGUCUGUAUGCGAAUUGAGAUUCUUGGCUGCAACUUAGAUUCUGUGUAUGAAUUCGGUGCUGAAAACAGAGCUUUGCCAGACAACAGAUUCUCCGCUUAUGCAACUACAGAUUUUCUUAGUAACGGUAGAUACCAACCAAAGGAUGGUCGCUUAAACAAUGACAGACCCUGGGGAUGCAGCAAAAAUGAAAAAUCGUUUCUUUGGUUCAAAGUUGAUUUAGGCCGAGAUAUGCUGGUAACUGCAAUUGCUACACAGGGUGACAGAACGUACGGCAAAAACUAUUUCCCUGACUUUAAAUUGCAGUAUACUCGGGGUUCAAGAAAUAUCACGAUCAAAGAAGAAUCUAGCUCAAAUGAGAAAGUUUUCAUUGGAAACACAAACAAUGCUGGUGUCAAGUUCAACCUGUUUGAGAAGCCAGUAUCAGCAAGAUACAUUCAAUUCAUUAAAAACAGCCCUGUAUUAUGGGAUAAUACGUUGACUCUUGAGGUUUACGGCCGACCUCCAAUUUGCAGUUCCAGUUUUGGCAUGGAAUCUGGGGAGCCAAACACGAAUAACCCGACCGUGAGUGCUUCAAGUGGAACAGUACCUGAUAAGCGAAGCAAACUAAACACUCCUAACUCAUGGUGUGCAACGACAUCUGAUACGAACCAGUUCUUUCAAUAUGAUUUUGGCAUGGCAAAGGUGAUCAGUGGAUUUGCAAUGCAAGGAGAUCCAUUAUUGGAAAAAUGGAUUGAAACUUUCAAAGUUCAAUAUGGGAAUGACGUGUUAUCCCUGUCGACCUACCAGGAAGGGGGAAGCGAUAAGACUUUCACUGGUUGCAAAUCACGUGAGGGGAUUGUUUAUCAUUGGUUAUCAUCUAGUUUAAAAAUACGGUAUCUAAGAAUAGUUCCGUUGACCUGGAAAACUGCGAUUUGUUUGAGGAUGAAUGCCUAUGGUUGCCCAGAUUCAGAAUGCCGGGAUACUGUUGGAAUUCAAUCUUCAAGCUCAAUUUCCGAUACCUCGAUGACAUCGUCAACAUCUGCUAAUGGAAAUGGAGCCCACAAAGGGAGGUUUAACGUAGAAUCUGUUUGGGAAGCUUGUCAGUUCGGUUCAUGUUCCCCGAAAGAAUCAACUGGAGCCAAACCAUGGAUUCAAGCAUGUUUACCAAGUGUACAGUCAAUCAGUUCGAUUGUGAUUCAGGGUCAGGGCAAUGUUGAUAACUUGGCAAAAGUGACGGAAUUCUCGUUAAAGUAUUCUUAUUCUACCAUUGCGUCUGGUACAUUCUUCGAGUACAAGCAUAGCAAUUUGUUACAAAAAUUCGCAGGUGCCGAUGGUCGUUACUCGUCAUCACAGAUAGAUCUACCACAUACAAUAAUAGCCCGUUGUAUUCGCUUGCAAGUCGAAACUCAGUCUCCCACUAAUCAGAAUGUUGGACUGCGUUGGGAAAUGCUUGGCUGUGCCUCAGUUGGCCAAGUGUCUUCGAUCUCCAUUGUACCGUCAAGCCCGUCGCUUGCAAGAGAUGGCGAAGUAACAUUGACAUGCACGGUAGCAGCGCAGCCUGGCAUUGAAGCAGCUUGGAAAAACGGAAGCAACAUUUUGACAUCCACUGGCAUUUAUCAAGUUGGAAACGAUGCCGUAACAAAUGAAAAUAUAAAUGGAGAAACGACCAAAACUUUGAAGAUAACUGCCACACCAAACUCUGUUAUUAACUCAUUUUCAACUUGCACUGUCACCGAUUUUGCGCAGGGGUUUGUUCAAUGUAAACACACAUUUGGAUGUUCAGCAAUGUAUCCUGGUAUAUCAAGCACUUCGAAGAGUGGCACAGUUGAAGUUACUGUAACCGGACUCUUGGCUAAACCCUCGACACCAAGCGGCAUGGUUACAAGGUCACUUACCAAUACAACUGCAUCAGUAACAUGGAAUGCUUCAGUCUCGGAUUUUCCUACUGAAAGCUAUAAUGUAGUUCUUAAGAAAAAGUCUGAUGGCUUAACACACGAAACAAAGAAUAACUUGAAGACAACAGUAGCCUCGUUUACUGGCCUAAGUGCAUACACCGACUACACCAUCGAGGUUUCUGCGAAAUCAUCGCCUUACAAUAUAAAUUCAGAUACGGGAACCUUUGAUUUUAAAACAUUCGGAGCACCCGAUGCUCCAUGGAAUGUUUAUGCAGUUGCGUUUUCAUCAACGACAGUUCAAGUCUCGUGGUCUGAACCUGUGUCUCUUCGAGGAAUCCUGUAUGACUAUAAAGUUAGAUACAAGAUGGUCUCUGCAAGUAGUUACUUCCGCUCCAUCUCUGCAGGAACUAAAACAACGCUUACAAUUUCAUUUCUGCAGCCAUUCAAAGAUUACCAGUUUCAGGUGGCAGCGACAAUAAAUGGUGGGACUAACUUUGGCCAAUGGAGCUCUGUGGUGACAGUAAGAACACACGAAGGAAAACCAAGCCAACCCCAGAAUGUGAAGCUUUCCAGUAAAACAUCUUUUUCCGUUCUUGUCAACAUCACUUUGCCUUUACACGAAGAUGGAAUCGUUAGAAAUUAUACUGUGAGGUAUUUUGGCAGAAAAUCUUACAACAGCACCUUUGAACACAACGGUUUUAUAACAGUUGAGCGGAGAGUCCAUUCAGAAUUUACUUCUAAAACGCUGAGCAACCUCGUCCCGGCUACAAACUACACAAUCGAUGUUGCUGCAGUAACCGGAGGUGGAAGGGGUCUCUUUAGUGAAAGGGUUACCUUUGUAACAGACUAUGCAGCCCCACCAAAGCCAACAAUGGAAAAUCAGGGUAUAAUCGGAAGAAAGCUCACAGUGAGAAUUAGUACUGCAAGCGAUAUCAAUGGACCAAUAAGCGAAUACCGAUUGUAUUUUUUGGAAGGAAAUACAAUGUCUUGUCAACGUACCAGUUCUGCAGAGACAAUUGUUCCUUCUAAACUGCCAUUAAAGCUUGAGUUUAUACCUGGAAUGAAAUCAGUUGCACAUAUUUCGACGGAGCUUAAAACAUUGGCAAAUUACACCCUCUGCUAUCGUGCUGCAACAACCAACAAGGGCAUAGCGCAUUACAGUCAAUUUUCAAGUACGAUUAUAGAGAGAAAACAUUUAGAAAAAUUGGACCUAAAUAUAUUCACAUGCGAAGCGAAAGACUUUUCGUUCGUUAUUCCCUUGAAAAGGGGACCAGAAAAUACCAAAGAGUACCACAUUAUUGUACUGGAAACAGGAAACUCAUCCAAAGUCAAAGAUCCCCUUGACUGGAAGCCAAGUGAACUUGGACCAUAUGACUCUUCUACGCAUAUUAGCAGCACACCUUACAUAGCAGGUGUCUUGUACAAUUACGUUGUGAAAUUUGAGAUUGGCAAUGGGAAAGAAUAUGAGUCAUCUGGUCGAAGGAGGAGGAAUGCCGAUCAAGUAAAGUAUAUCAAUGCACCAUUGAAGCCAAACACAGAAUAUGUUGUCUUCCAGAGAGCUUAUCUUUCAGCGGGUAUUUAUUUCUCUUCGCCGUGGGCUGGACCAUUCAAAACAAAAGAACCAUUGAAAUCAGAACCAGGCGAAACCAGAUCGAUUGAAAUUAUUGUCGGGAUAAUAGUUCCAGCAAUCAUUGUGCUUGCCUUAGCUGUUACAGUUUGUUACAUAAGAAAACGACGAUCCAAAAAGCCAGCAAUUCAAGAAGGUGGUUUGGCAAAGGAUGGUGUGCCUCUUUCAAAUUUACAUGACCAGAACGAGAAUCCAUCGUAUGAUCAUGAGUAUGAGAGUUUGAACAACGUAAUAGCCUCUGCUGCUGCGGAGGAGCCCAGCAUAGUUAGGAGAGGAAGUUCAGAUGAAGCUGUAAAAUUUGGAAAAGUUCCUCGUAAAGUUGUUAACGAUCAAAAAUAUCCUCCAGUUUCUGUUCAGGACUUUGCACGACGCGCGAAAGAGUUACAAAAGCGCAACUAUCAGGGGAUUAACAUGGAGUUUGAGAAUCUUGACAAGAGGCAACAGUUUGCCUGGGAUAUUGCUACAGAUCCAGCCAACCAACAGAAGAAUGUGCAUGCCAAUAUAUUACCAUAUGACCAUUCAAGAGUGCACUUGAAUACUUUACCUGGAGACCAAGAUUCGGACUAUUUUAAUGCAAGCCAUAUUUCCGAUUACACAGGAAAGCAUAAAUACAUUGCUUCUCAAGGUCCAUCUGAAGCUUUGAUUUACGACUUCUGGAGAAUGAUAUGGGACAAACAUGUGCCAGCCAUAAUCAUGUUGACAAAACUUGUUGAGAAGGGGAAGAACAUGUGCGCACAGUAUUGGCCUACUUCCAGUUCAGCAAAUUAUGGAAAUAUCAAUGUUUGCCUAAAGUCAAUCGACGAUAAGAACGGCUAUACCAUAAGAUGUUUUUCCAUCCAAAGGGAGGAUUGCAGAAAAGCAAAAAUUGUUUAUCAGUACCAUUUGAAGACUUGGCCUGAAUGCGGAGUACCAAAACACCUGAAUGAUUUGUUAAACUUGUGGGCCAGCUUUCGUAGAAGAUUCCCCAACAGCAUAAAUGAUCCAAUUGUAGUACAUUGCAGCGCUGGGAUUGGUCAGACUGGUACAUUCAUUCUAAUUGAUGCAAUGAUCGGGCUUGCGCAUGCCCAGCAAAAAGUGGACAUUUUCAAUUAUCUUAAUUUCAUUCGAAGUCAAAGGAUUGGUCUUGUUCAAGUAAAGGAACAAUACAUUUUUGCAUAUAAUGCGCUGCUUCAAGUCAUAGGCUGCAAAGAAACUGUGAUUAAACCCCAGGAAUUGAAACGUCGAAUGAACAUAAUGCAGCCCAAAGGUGUAACUGGCAAAACUUCAUUCGAGGAAGAGUUUGAGCGACUUUCCUGGACAACUAAAUUCUUUAAUGAAGCAAAUGCUGGAGCUGGAAGUGAAGGAAACAACAUAACAAAAAACAGAAUUACAGAAAUAAUACCAAAUGAUGUGCAUCGUGUGGUUUUGAAGCAGGCAAUUUAUGAAAACAACAGUGGUUCUGACUACAUAAAUGCCACUUACGUAAAUGGCUAUAGUAAACUCAACGCCUUCAUCGCGACACAGCACCCACUGCCAGAGACUAUUGACGAUUUCUGGCUAAUGAUUCAGCAGACAGAAGUGUCUAUGGCGGUCCUGCUUAGCAACACUAUUCAUGGAAGCAUGGACCUUCCCAUCUUUUGGCCUCCACUGCACACAGCUCGGGAAUAUGGCGGUGUUUUAGUAAACCACCAAUCAGAGGAGAGCAACAGUGGCAGCAUUGAACGGAUGUUUACUGUCAGGAAUGUUGACUCAGCAGAGAAAUGGAGAAAUCUGACAAUGCUCCAGUUUGAGGGUUGGACUGAUCAUGGCGUUCCAAAAGACUUGGACAAAUUUAUAUCGCUGCUAAACAAAGUUGAAACACAGAAACAAAAUCAGUCUGAUGACAGACCAGUUGUAAUCAUCUGCAGAGAUGGUGCUGGUCGCUCUGGCACAUUUAUCGCUAUUUCACUCAUUCUGGAACGGUUCAAGGCAGAACAAGUUAUAGAUGUCUUUGAGGCAAUCAAACUGAUCAGAGGUUUUCGACCUGAGUUUGUGGAUAAUGCCGUUCAGUACAAGUUCUGCUACACUGCUGCUCAAGCUGUCGUCGACUCGUAUGGUACUUAUGAAAACAUGUAUGAAUAAGAGAUCUUACCGCUCCAGCGAUAUUUUCCAGCAACGAGAAUAUUGCAGCACUUUUGCGCGAAUGAAUUAUAAAACUAUGAACAUAUUUUGUAUCAAAAUAUCUGUGUUAUACGCACAUUUUAUAAAAUAUUUGUUUAGCUUUUUCUAUCAUUUUAUAUAAGUAGUGCGAUAUAAUCAGAGCAACUCAUUCUUGUAUAAGCUGAAAAACGGAGCCAACCCCAAUUAACGCACUGACUUGACAACACACGGUGAGACUUUGAGUUAAGAUGGCCCGCAAGAAGCUUUUCUUUCAGAACAUAGAACAAAAACAUUUUUUGAGUCAGUAAAAGGCAAAAUGCCGUAAACACAACUCUUGGCGUACAAACCUUGAGAAUUUCUCCUUUUUUGAAUAUAACUAAGGCCAUAGUUUUUAAAAAGGGAUUAGAACAAUGUUCACUAUUUUUAAAUUGUAUCUCACAAUAAAAUGAUGGAAAGCUUAUAAUUAGAUUUAUCUGACUAUUUUGUUUCAAAAUCAUGCCUUUACAGUUGGGUGAAUAAGUAAUAUUGGGUGGAAGUUUCUUAUAAAUCAAAAUUCGUGACAAUACAUUACAGCAAUGUUCACCGUCAAAUAUUGUAUACAGCAUGCAAUGUAUCAUAGUAUGCUGUAAAAUUUUUGUUUGUUUCAAAGCCAAUUUCAAAUCUUGCAUUGUUAAUUAUAAUUUAGGAAGAAGUUUUCCAAAAAUUCUGAUCAGUCUAUUUGCAUUAAAAAACAAGCCUAUACAUUUGAGGAAAUUCGUAGUAUUUGGUAGUGGUGUCUUCAGGGUGAAAAUCCAUGAUAAUAUGGUAGAACAAUUUUUAGUAUUCUCUGAUUUUAUACAAUUUAUCUCAUCUUGUAAUUCCGGAAAAGGUUUUCAAAAGUACUGACCUGUCUAUAUCCGUUCAAAAAAAGCUAAUACAUUUUGGAAAGUCGCUAAAAUUUGGUAGAAACUUCUUAUGGGUGAAAAUCCAUGAUAAUACAUUAAAACAGUGUACACUACCCCUUGAUUACUGAAAAUAUAUCUCAAAUUGUGAUAAAGGACUCAAUCAUUUUCGAAAACAGGUUUACGAUGUUAUUUGUACAGUUUGCAGCCAAAGCUGAAUGAAUUCACCAUUUUAAUACCUUUUUCAACAAAUUUCUAUUGUUGAGCAAUUGUACAAUUUUUUCGAUUGUUUAAUUUCUCUCCUAUUUCCUUCUAAUUCCUGUCUAAUUUCCUUAUGCCUCCAUUUCCAUAUUUUAGAUAAUUCUAUUUAUUGUUGAAUGAAUCUGUUUUUUUCUUUCGCCUAAAAUUUUUCAGUUGAUUCCAUGCUCUCGCUUUGAAUUUCGAGAACCCUAUUUGUCUUGAAUCAUGUAUUCUCAGUGUGUGUAUCUUGCAAUUAUAUAACGACAAUCAUAUUUUAUUUCUCGUUCUCUAAUUCUGUUGGGUUCUUUCUUCAAGAACAAGCUGUUCUAGGGUAGAGUUAAUUUGAUAGGGGGAGUUUACUAUCUGAGAUUUAUGACUUUGACUGCAUAAUGUUUUAUAAAGCGUACAGGACUUCCUGUUGAAUGGAGAUCGGUCAUAAAUACGCAGUGAAUACACUAGACGGUACAUCAACCAAUCAAAAUGCUUUUUCCAUGAAUAAUAUUUGCCGUUAA